CCAUCUCUUCACUCCAAAGCAGGCAGACCUACUGAGCAGCUCCAACAAUGAGCAACCUAUCAAGAAUCAGCAUGUCCAGCUCUUACUCAGGGAGAAACCUUGGUGGUGGAAGCCUGGGCGGAGGCCGGGUACAAAGGCAGUAUGCCUCUAGUGUUUAUGGUGGUGCAGGUGGAAGCGGAUCAAGGAUCUCUGUUUCCAGCUCUGGGUUUGGUGCUGGAGGUGGAAGUUAUGGGAUGGGAGGGGGUGCAGGUUUCGGGGCUGGUGGAGGAGUGGACCUCCACGUUGGAGCGAAUGAGAAAGCCACCAUGCAGAACUUGAACGAUCGUCUGGCCUCUUAUCUUGAGAAGGUGCGCAAACUGGAGAGUGCCAAUGCUGAGCUGGAGCUGAAGAUCCGACAGUACUUGGAAAGCAAAACUGGCCCUUCUGCCCGGGACUACUCAGCAUACUACGCUACCAUUGCCGACCUCCAGGGAAAGAUCCAGGAUGCUAUUUCUGUUAAUGGAGGCAUCUUCUUGGCCCAGGAGAAUGCAAAGUUGGCAGCAGAUGACUUUAAAACCAAGUAUGAAAAUGAGCUUGGCAUGCGCACAUCAGUGGAGGCAGACAUUGCGGAGUUGAAGAGAGUUCUGGAUCAGCUGACAUUAUCCAGAUCUGACUUGGAGAUGCAGAUAGAGGGUCUCAGGGAAGAACUGGUCUUCCUUAAGAAGAAUCAUUUAGAGGAAAUGGAAGCUAUGAGGAACCAGAUGAGUGGUCAGAUCAAUGUAGAGGUGGAUGCAAAACCGCAAGUAGACCUGUCCAAAAUUAUGGCUGAGAUCCGUGAGCAGUAUGAAGGUGUGACCGCAAAGAACCAGAGAGAACUCCAGUCCUGGUUCGACUCAAAGACGGAGGAACUUAACAAAGAGGUGGUCCAGCACACAGAAGUUCUGCAGACGUCUAAGUCAGAGAUCUCUGAGCUCCGUCGCACAUUACAAGGCCUGGAAAUCGAGUUACAGUCACAACACAGCAUGAAAGCGGGUCUGGAAGGCACUUUGGCUGAAACAGAGGCCCGGUACUCUAUGAAGCUCCAAGGGCUUCAGAUGCAGGUGACAUCUCUUGAGCAACAGCUAACCAAUCUGCGUGCCGAUAUAGAAUCACAAAGCCACGAGUAUAAGAUGCUGCUAGACAUCAAGACACGAUUGGAGAUGGAGAUUGCAGAAUACAGGAGGCUGCUGGAUGGAGAGGCCAGCAUCGGGGGCUCAGAAAGCACCACAGUGAAAAAGGUCAUUGUGGUCACAGAGGAGAUUAAAGAUGGCAAAGUGAUCUCCUCCUCCAAAACCUCCUCAUAACUUGGGGCUUGCAGAAAACAAAAGGAGCAACUCCUGAAGGAUAUGUUACCAUCUAGAUCAACUUAACUCCCUUCAUGUACCACUGCCCAUGCAAUAAACGCCUCUACGCCUU